GUUCGGCCGAGGACAUCGUCGCGUGCGGAUCGCAGUUCGGUCGCGUUACCGUGUGUUCGAAGCACUGCUGGCCUGUGUGUGUUUGUUUGUGUGCGUGCGUGUGGUGAGGGGUAGAAGAAGGGAGAAAGUGGUGUGUAUGUGUGUGCGUGAACAAGUGUUUCUAAUGCAGUAGCAGUGUUGAACAAAUACUGAAGUGAAUUUACAUCCUAUUACUCUUGACGUCCGGUGAUGAAAGUGACCACACACGAGUUACCAAAAGCAAAGCAAAAUGUGAACAAAAUGUAAUUUACGGUUAAGUAUUGAAAUCCCAAGCCGCGGAAGAGUGUAUUUUGUUCCUGUAAAAACAAAAAAAAAGAAAGAAAGAAAUUUCUGAAUGCUUCGAACUGGUUUUCGAGUGAGUUGCUGCUUCCGGAAUAAAACAGCUCAGUCUUUCACCACAGUGUGUGUGUGUGUCUGUGUGCGUUCCCGGAGGAUGGUUAAUCACGAGCACGAAGCACGCAAGGGUAUAUUGAUGCACUCCACAUUGCCACAUUGCAGCAGCCGGCGCCCAGCUGUGGUCGAAUUUUAAUCAGCAAGCGUGACAACGACAUCACCAGCAAGACCGGUAAGCUGAUCGGAACUCAUCGAUGCGAUGUAAUUGAAUGUGGUGACAGUGUGUGUGUGUGUAACCUUAUGCAAAAGGGAAGAGAUCGAUUUUUCCCCUCAGGAAUUUAAGCAAAACUCCAUCGAAUGUACCCAGUUUGUGAAGAGACAAGCAAUACCCAGACUGAAAGGAGCGUAUUGAUUGAAACCCGAAACCCUCGGAACAGUGCGUUACGGUAUAGGUAUCGUUUCCAGCACGUUAAACACUCUUCUAAACAAAACCGAAGAAAAAGUACGGGAAAAUUCGAGUGCAAAGUGCAACCAUCGUGCGUAUCGCUUGUCUCCUGCGUCUUUGGCUGUCUGUAAGCGAAAAGGGUGUGACCGCUAACCGCCGCAUUGAAUUCCAUCUCGAGUCCCCCUUUGCUCACUUUCCGAGCAGUGGUAAAUGUGAGUGUGUGUGCGUUUAAAUCAGUGGCAAUAGGGAAUGGGCACCGUUUACCAUCUUGCCUGUCCGCGCGCGUGAGAGGAAAAAUCCAAGCAAUCCGGAACCCCUUUUUGAAACGGUACAACCAUGCAGCGCGUUAGUGUGUGUCCCUGAUAAAGUGUGCACGUGUGUGUGUGUGUGUUGGAGUGUGAAAAAGUGGGUUGAGAAAAUGGUGAGGUGAUAUGGUUGAUGGUUUGAAGUUGCAGGCAAAGCGAGAAAUAGGCGAUCAUAUUGUGUGCCCAGUUUCCCAACCCAACCGGUUCCUGUAGCAACGGUGUGUUCCUCGGUGCAGGAUGAGUGCGUUCCCCGGUGACGGAGGGUAGUGGAGGAGCCCUCGAAGAAGAGAGGCGUGUGUGUGUGUGUUUGUGUGGCAGUGAGUGUAUGGCGAACGGGAUAAUCUAUUAAGUGGAUUUAUUAUGGUUUAAAUAAAGGAUUAUUAAGUAGAACGGUGAUCGGUUAGGGAGCAGCAUCCUUACACCACGAACAAAAGGUGUAUCAGAGAGUGAGCAAGAGAGAGAGCAAGAGAAGAGAACGCAAAGGAAAGGCAGCGACGGUACCAUUGCGUUGGGAAAAGCUGGAGGAAUUUCAAAGAUGAUAAUGAAAGCAAUACAGUAUUCGCUGCUGGCAGCGCUGGCCCUGAAGCUGCUGGGGGUGUGCUAUGGGUGCAAAAUUUCCGAGUACCCGUGCAAGGGCGGGGCCAGCUGUGUGCCGCUGGACAAAUACUGUGAUGGGCGCGAUGAUUGUGGAGAUGGCAGCGACGAGCCGAAGCUAUGUACAGUGUGCAAUCGGACGUACUACGGUGAUAUAGGGCGAACGUACACGCUCACGGUACCGCCACCGCAGUGGAACCGGCUGCCAUUUCUCUGCCAUCUUACGUUUACCGCUUCCGGUCACGAACAGGGUGACAUCGUGCAGAUCAUAUUCGACAAAUUCACCGUCGGCCGGUUCGACGAAGGGCUGAUCGACCCGGACAUGGAUUCCAAUGACGCGAGCCUUACCAGCGGGGGCGAUUUGCCAGGCUGCCCGGAAGGAUUCAUGCAGCUCAGCGAACUGGGACGCCCAUUCACCGGUGGAUCUUGGUGCGGGAAGGCUUCCGGUCAUCAGCUGUACUUCAGCGAAACAUCCACGGUGACAGCAUCUGUCAAGGUCUUUCAUGCACCGAUGCAGGCCGGGACGCCGUUCGAAUUUCGCAUCCGGUACAAAUUCAUAAGUCAAUCAGAGGCUAUUGUCAGGUACGGGGCACCGAGCGAGCUGCUCGAGCUGGGCCGGGUCACGCCCGGGACGUACUGUACGCGCCAGUAUGACGAAUGCUACCGGAAAAAGUGUCGCCUGCAGAGCCCCAACUAUCCGGGCAUGUACCCGCGCAACGUCACCUGCUACUGGACCAUCCGGCAGAAGGUGGUGCCGACCUGCAAGCAUGCGAUGGUCGCUAUCAGCCAGGAGAACGAGCACAAAGCACUAGUGAAACGAUCCAUCGCGAGCCUAAACAAAACGGCACGAGCGGUGCGGGCCUGGUCGGACUGUACGGGCGAGCGGGAUCAUCUGAUCUUCUACGACGGCAGCAGCACCAACGAUCCCGUCCUGGCGAAGUACUGCGGCGGCGACUGGCUGCCACGGGUCGUGUCGCGUGGACCGGAAAUGCUGAUCGCCUUCCAUUCGAGCCCGUUCUCGGCCCCGCUCCAGUCGGGCCAGUCGAACCGUGGCUUCGAGCUGGACGUUGACAUUCUGUUUGCCGAUUCCGACUCGUACGACUUUGCCCAGGGCAGCAAGUGUGAGUUUCACAUCAACGCAACGAAUCCAGAUGAAGUGCUGCUGUCGCGACGGGGCCGGAUGGGCCAUCUGCUGAGCCCGCGCCACACACUCGCACCGAACACGACCUGCACGUACUACUUUCACGGGCUGCCGACGGAUUUGAUCUGGAUCUCGUUCACCCACUACCACCUGCAGAUACUGCAGCCGAGCAGCAGCGGGAGCGAUAACUCCACCAUUGGACGGAACGAGUCACCUCUGCCGUGGAUUACCCGUACGCGCAUUUGGGACAGUGCUGGUACGUUUGUCCCCGUGCGUACCACUUCCCCGGCAAGCGUACUAUCCUCGCCGAGCGGUGCUGCUAGCUCCCCCGGCUACGGCUCGACGCUCGGUGCCGGUGCGGCAUCGGUACUGCCCGGGCUAACCACGACGACGGCACUGUACCAGCAGCUAAUGAACCGAACCGUCAACAGCUACUACACCGGUGUCAAUCAGAACGGCAAGAGCCUCAAGAUCAAUGUGGACAACGUGUGGAACCCGGUCGACCAGUACAUCUACGGGCCGACGGUGAACAGUAUCUUCAACCAGCCGCCACCAACGGCACCGAGCGAUGGCGUUCGGGGUCGUGGGAGUUCGGCAUACAGUUCAUCCGGAUCGCAGGAUAAGUAUUCGAAGCACAAGGGCGGCAAGUCGGAUAUUGGGGCAGGCAAUUACGUGCAAUCGGUGCGGCACGGGAAGGACUCGUCCGGUGGGUACGAUCUAGCGAAGGAUCAUGGCCGCAAGGAUCGAGGAUCGUCCAAAUCAGCCUACGGCUCGCGCCGUCUAAUGGCGGAGUUUUUCGACAACGAGGCGCCGAAGCUGUGCGAUCACAUGACGCUGGAGAGUAAGGGACAUCGGAUGCGACCCUGCACACCGCUGGAGAGCUACGUUAGCACGGGGCGGGAUUUGAAAAUUGAAUUCCACACCAUGACCGGAACCUCACUGUUUCCUUCGAGCUUCGGUAUCAACUACGAGUUUGUAGACACGGAACUCGGCGGAGAACCAUACCUUGGUGAGCAGAAACAGAAACCAAGGGACCCCCAGGAGGACCUUACCCAAGCGGCCGAUCCCUCCCUUCCCAUACUGUGUUCGCGUGUGUUCCGCAAGCGCAAGGGUGACUUCCAAUCACCCCGGAACGUGUUCCUGCAUGGUCGGGGUGGCGCUAAGAACAUCUCCUGUCUGUAUCGGUUCGAAGCGUCCGUUGGUGAGCGGGUCCGCGUGGAGUUGUUUAACGUAUCGUUCGGUGAGUUUGCAACGUGCGUCACCGAGAGCGAUGGACAUACGGGGCGUGCCCGGUGCAGCCCGUCCGAAACCGACCCGGACAGUCGCAUCGGCGAGCUGCGCCUCUACGACGUGCCGUACCCGGACGCAAGGAUACCGCUCGGCUGCUUCUGCGACAAUACGAGCAGCACCUACAACGCGCCGCUGACGUUCAUCUCGAACUCGCGCACGCUGGAAUUGACGUUCGUGGUGACGCGGCUGAACAUCUCGGAAGACUUUGCGGACGUGUACUUCCACGCGGCGUACGACUUCAUACGGGUGCCCGAGUGUCGGCGCCGGUUGCGGCUGAAGGGUUCGGGUGGGGAGGAUGAGAUGAACUUCCCGCUGCGAUCGCAUGAGGCGAGUUGCGACGGGUUGCCGUGGUACAUCGAGGCGCAGCAGCAGGAUCGCAGUUUGUUCGUGCGCACGUGGGGCAGCUUUCUGCCGGUGGAACCGGUGGCGGAUGAUUUUUCGAAGUGCAACACACGCAACCGGUUGAUCGUGUACAGCGGGGUGCCGUUGAAGGUGAUGCGGGUGAUUUGCCCGUCGCCCCCGUCCAGCCGGUCGGCGGCGCUGCACAUCUUCAGCGAGGAUUGGUUAAGCAAUCAGCCCUUCCUGACGUACGACAGGCCGGUCAGCAUGGUGCUGGAACCGAUCCACAAGGAGCCGGGCAGUAUAGGGUUCUCGUGGCUCGAGAUACAGCGGACGAAGGCGUCGCUCAUCCAGCAGCUCGAUCUACAGUCCAACUUUACCACCAACGAUACGCUGGUGGAGUUUGGGCUGUAUCCACGCGAAACGGAGUGCGAGUACCGGUGUCCCGAGCUGGACGCUUGCAUCGGUAGCGCCCUCUGGUGCGAUGGUCGUCCCAACUGUCCGUCCGGGUACGACGAAAGCGAGCAGGAGUGUGGCAGCCGGCUGAUCGAGCUGCCGGGCGGCAUCUACGCCGCGUUCGGGUGCGUGGCCGCCGCCAUCUCCGCCUGUCUCAUCUUCUGCCUGCUGGUGAUGGUGAAGAAGCGGCGCAAGGCGAACGAAAAGCUCAAACCGACGGUCGGCAAUGGGGCGGCCGCCUCGCUCAACGGUACCCUCUCGAAGAAGGACUACAAGAAGGAGCCACUGUUCUUCGAUCCGGACUCCUGACACGGGCUGCAGCCGGUCGAAUACAUCCACGUCGACCGGGAAACGACCGUGUGACAUGCUGUCUACCUGGAUAUGGAUGAUCUUGCGUACUGCUAGACCGCUUACCAGUGUUCCCCCUCGUUCCAUUCGUUCCCAUUCCCCGUCUUUUUUUUCAUCAUUCCUUCGUUCUCUAUUUCUCCUAUAAACCCUCUACAAUAGUCCCCUUUUUCAUAAACCCAGUCAAAUGAGUGAGCGAUCAUACAACUACUCCAUAUUGAGCGCUCAAGCGCCCAAACACCCAAAACGGUAAGCAAACAAAUAUACUCUCUCUCUCACACACAUACACACACACACUCAGUAGAGCACUAUCUAGCGGAUCAAACGAGAACGCAACCAGUCAUCCAGCUAUCCAGGUUGACAAUGCCAGUAACGGCCAAAACCAACGUCUCUCUCAAAAGGAGAGGUGUGGCAGCACAGCUAUCGGUGGAUAUUGCAUCGGUUUUCAUGAUGCAGCUACUGCGCGAGCGAUGCAAGCAAAAGGGGAACGGUACGUUCGAUGUAUUCUACCGGCUUGGAAUGGUAGAAGGGCCACGAAAUGGGGGGUGUGACGAUGAAAGCAAGGAAGGAAGUCAUAGCGUAAACACUGUUUCCUAGUAAGAUAUAAAAACGCGAGAAGAAAAUCGUGACAACCAGUAUAUUUAAAUUAUCUAGUUGAACAAAUGUAGCAGAGCACGUAAAACAAAACUAGCAGCACAAGACAACAAAAAAAAACAACAAAAAAACAACUACACACUACACACACCAUAAAACAUACACUGCGAAUGCGUUGCAAAUGUGCGAUUCUUCGCAACACGUGUGCAAGUUUGAGUGUGGAAUUUCUAUAGCAAGAAAUCAAAACGACUUUCCACACCCAAACAAAUAUGUGUUUCACACUUUGCCAGAUUCGCGUACAAGUGGCGCCUACCUACACGGUUGUUCCUCGUUCAGGACAUACGCGCACUGUCUUCGACUUUUCAAUGAUAGAUUAAAAACAUGUGCUGAGAGUGAUAGAAAUGGGCAAAUGGGUUGAAGCAAAACCACUAAGUGGCGGGAAUUAGUUGAUGCCUAGUCCAAGGGACGAGUUGGGUCGAUCUAGCCAGUGUUGUUACCCUGUUGCGCCAACCGAAAGGGCGAAAGGGUAAAUGUGUUUGUGUUCUUCAGCGGAAGGAAAGCAGAGAAAAACACUGUAGGGAACUAAACUUGAUUUAACAUUCCUCUCGUUAAAUAGUGGCAAUCGAAGUUUCUGAAAAUGAAACAGAGUUUAGUUGAAGUGAUCUUUUCUUAACGUUAAGUAAUAGAUAAGUAAACAUUAAAAUAAAACCAAAAAACAAUUGCCAAAACGAUGUCUACAUCACACUGUCACCACGUCACCCACACACUGCUUUGCACUGUUUUAACGUUCUUGUUUCAUCUAAACACUGCCACCAUUUUUAUUGAACUGGUUAAACGAACGUUUUGUAUUGUGGUGUAAUAUGAGAAGGUUAACUUGGUUUUUGUAGUACAAUUGUUUUGCACAACCGUCUAGCUAAAUUUUGCAAAUAAUGAGAAAGAUUUAAUUUGUAAUGAAAAACGUAACAACGCAACCUUCAUACGUACACACGUGCAACGCACUCCUGUUGUGCUACCCUUCCCUCUUACUCUAUCUAUGGUAUUACAGCUAGCAAAAAGGCAAAAAAUGAAAUGAACAAUCGUGACAGACCAGUGUGGAAGAAUGUAUCUAUAUUUUUCUCGUAACACAGCAAUCUCUAGCGGUAAAGUGUCAUGGUGAAACCAAAAUGAAUCAAAAAACCGGAAGGAGUGAACACUAAUGCCGCCAAUGAAACAGGGGAAACACAGGAAGUAACUAAGCGAAUUAAGCUGCAUAACACAAACCGUAUAGCAAGUAAAAGAAACAUGGUAGAGCCAAACAGAUGGUAGAUCCAAAUUGCACCGUACUAAACCGUUUCACAUGCAAAGCAGAGGGAAAAGGGCAAAGUCACUUCACCAUCAUCUCACGCGCAAGACACCACAUGUUCGAUGUUUUCUAUAUUUUCUCAACUUUCAUGAACAUCUUUUGAACAAAAUGUUCCUUUUUCUGAUGCCAUCUUGAGAGAUACAUUCCUUUCUACUUUCUACUGUUUUGCUUUCCAUUUCUCUAUCUCUUUCCAAUGUAUUCCUCUAAGAUCCUUGCAUUCUCUGUUUCACCCUUCAGAACAAUCACGUAUGCUGUCCUGGUUGAUUGUUUUAUUUGCCCCUUCAACCUUGUUUGAUCGUGUAAGAUAGCUAUAUAAAGUCUAGAGUACUAGCUUUCAAAUAUUUAGUUUCCUUUUUGUUCUAUUUCCAAACUUAUCGCUACAAUGAUAUGGUAAUGGUAUAAGUGAAUGUAAACUAGCGUAGUGUAGGUAAACAUAUUGUAACGCACGUUCCUGCUUUGGGAAUCGUUUCUGUGCACUGUCAAACCAAACCAACAACUGUAUGCCUGAGCGUCUGUGUGUCUGAGAGGAUGCGUGCGUGUGCGUGUAUGUGUGUCCGUGUGUCUGUAAGCAAUGCCCAACCAAUGUGAAUGUUUGAAUGUUUUCUUAUGCGAAAUGUUAAAUAGGAGCAAUUUAGAAACAUGUAUACAUCUUGCGAUAAAUGCUAGAAGAAAAAAAACACGGGGAAAAAAUAGCGAAAAUCAUUUCAAAACAGCAGCAAAGAGGGUAAACAUAAAUCGAUAAAAAGGCGAAUGAGGGGGAAAACGAGAGAGCAAGUGAAUCAUAGAGAGAAAGAGAGAAAGAGAAAAUGAAAACAAAAAGGCGGAAGGAAACACACAGAAAGCUCACAGGAACUAUGCACUGUAUAGUGAAGUGAAGGUAAAAAAAAACUCGUGCAAAGUGCGUGCAAAGUAAAAAUACUAUUUUACGUGAAAAUGCAAACUAAUACAACCUUACACCGGUAGCUGGGCGGCAGAGUCCAGGCAACCGAAUUGAAAUGAAAAACCAAAACUUUCGUGCACUAUUUGUAAAAUUGAAAUGUGGGACAGAGUGGGAGAAUAAGAAUUAAAUUGAAGCUAGGGAAAACCCAACAAAAAAACAAAAACCAGUCCACUUGGCUAAGCUGUAGCGGUGUAAAUGUCAUUGAUCUGUGUAGGCGAUGGCCUUAUACUAAAAGUUCGGUGGCACAGACAGAAUACAGUAGCAGCUCAAUCAAUUGAAUACUAUUUGCAGCAACUGCACACAAAAAACCAAAGCAAGAUGAAAAAAAAAACACACACACACACACAGAACACGAUAUUAUAUAACUGAUAGAUGAAAA